AUGGCGACCGCUGCAUCCCAGGAGGCCCCCACGCAAACAUCAUCCUCUCUUCCACGGCCGCACGAGAUUAACGAAGAACAGACAAAAGAGGGCCAGUCCCGCGCCCGCAUACCCAUAAGAACGUACCACUGCAGUUUUUGCAACCAUCUCCUUAUCGCGUCAACGCAGGAUUUGUCUACGCUUCCGCGAAGGCGAGCUCCAGCUUUAGACAAUGCAAUAAUACUUCCACUGCCAAAGGCGAAGCCGACAGGCGAGGAGGAGGACGAAGAAGAGAAAGAGGACGAUAGCAGCGAUGAGGAAGGGGAUGAAGGGAAAGACCAAAGGGAGGCACAGAUAUCCCGACAAAUGGAAUCAGCAACUCUGAAAUCCGGGGCGAAGAAAGCCGUAUCCUCGUCCUCUGCUUCAUCGUCACAGCAUUACACGAUUUUACUGUCCACGACCACGCCAGACAGGAAACCUAUCAUUCUCCGGCGAGCAGAUGGGUUUGAGAAGCGGCUACUAGUCCGAUGUGGUCGCUGUAAAGUCGUUCUUGGAUAUGUUUUGGAUGAGGUUCAUUUUAAAAAGGGAGACGACAAGAAAGCCGUUACCGAAACGGAUAUAUCUGGGGAACAGAGCAAUACGACAGGGACGGGGGAAUUGGAGGUUAUUUAUAUUCUGCCAGGUGCAUUGAUAGAGACAAGCGAACUAGGGAAGGAAGUGCAGAUUGAAAAAGAAGCAUGGGCUGAGUGGGAAUCCCUUGCAAAGAAGGCGAAGUAG